GUCGUCAUCAUACAGUACACCAGAAGUAAAACGAAGAAGAGUCGUCGUGCUCGUGCGUGCGUGCAGAUCAGCCACGCCUUUGCAUCCGAGAGGAGUGACAAGGGGGAGCAUACAUAUAUGGCGGCGGCCAUGGAGCAGAGCAACGGGGGCGGCGGCGUGAAGGUCAAGUUCAUCGAGACGCAGUUCGUCAGCUCCGACGCCGCCAACUUCAAGUCCGUCGUGCAGCGGCUCACCGGCAAGUACUCCAAGAUGCCGCCGCCGGCGUCCUCGGUACACAGGCCUCGCCCAAGGCCCUGCGGCAGACCCGACCAACAAGGGCGGCCUUGCGUCUCCGGCAGCGACGAGCUGAUGAUGGCUGCGCCGGCGAAGCCAGCGGCGGCAGCUUUCGAGCCGCUGCGCGUGGAGGAGGUGAACGAGCUCUGCGACUUCGCCGAUCUGCUCUACGCCGCCCCAAGCGCGCGGCGCCACGGCGGGAGCGUCGUAAAUGGCUUUCCUUACUGAUACAUGCGUGGCCCGAAGAAGAAUCGUGUUACCCUUCUCAUUGAGGAUCAUGUAUUUGUUUGAGGAUUGACAUUGCAGUACUGGCAGAUGUGAUCCUUUUGCUCAAAUGCUCACUGGGAGCGCCAGAUGUGAUCUUCCUCAAACACAAGUGGAAGUAAGAGGAAAAUACGAAAAUGUAUGAAUAUAUUGUGUUGAGCGAAAAGGGAAAAGAAAGAGAUGGAUAUGUAUGCUGGUAAA